UAAAUAAUGGGUCUGUUUUUAAAAGAGUGUUUUAUAUUUUUACUAUUGAACAUCUUUUCACAUGUUAAUUUGUCACUUACCUUGUUUUGUGUAUAGUAACGUUCAUAUCCUUUACUGAUUUUUCUACUAAAGUCUCUUUUUACUCUUAAACAGAAGUGCCCUUAAAAAUCAAAUAGGGAACUUGCAUAUCAACAUUUUAAAUGCUUAUGUCCUUUGGCUGAUCAGUUCUAAUAUGUGGCAUUUAUCCUAGAAAUACAUUCUUAAAAGAAUGUAAAGGUAUUGAAUGAUGUUCCCUCUAGCAUGGCUUUUAAAGAAAAAAUAUAACCUAAGUAUGCAUCAAUAGGAUAGUUAAGUAAAUUAUGGAACACCCAUACAAUAUUACUUAGCUGUUAAAGAAUAAGCUGAUCUGUGAAGAUCUCCAAGCUGUCUUAACCGAAAAGAGCUAAGGUGCAAAAUUACAUUGUGAUAUCAUAAGUGUUUUAAAAUGUAUAAAUGCUUAUUCACUAAACAAAAUGUUUAUUAAGUGCUACUGUGUGACAGGUAGUGUCCUAGAUAAAUAUGCACAAAAUACAAUGGUUAACUCUAAAGAGUGGGACACUUUUCGUUUUAUGGUUCUUCUGCAACUUGACUUUUUUAUUGUACGUAUAUUAUGUAUACUUAAAGAAAAUAAUUUGUACAACUUACUAUAAUGGUCUUUUAAUUGAUCUGUUUCGCCUCCUAACCAGUGAUGACCCCGAAGACAGACAUUUACCACUUUGUUGGUUUUUAAUUGUAAUGAUGUACAUAAAUGUGGGGCGUGCUUGCACCGUCCGGAUUGGCCUGGGGUCCGGCAGCAGAGAGCGACCUGGGCGGGGCGGGAGGUGGCAGCGGGGGUCCUCCUGGAUCACCAGAGAGACGAGCGGCCGUGCUCCUAGAGAGGCAAGGAACCCGCCAGACUCCGCCACUCGGCUGCGGGCGCGGCGAGGGGAGAAGCUUUUGUGCCGGCCCGGCUGCCGGAGGCGCCGGCGACACCCGUCAGACCCGCCAGCCCGCCUGUAGCACGGCCUGGGCUCUGGGGAAAUCGGCGCUCCCGACUGGGCAGCUCCGGGCCUCUGCGCUCCCUCGGGAGCCUUUCACGAGGUCGGCUACGUCUUUGUUUUGCGCGUUCCUGAACUUUUGGUCCAUUAACCAACAAUUAGACACGCAGGUAUUCAGUGCCUGGCGCGGUGCUAGAUGCUGGGUGUAAUCUCAGAAAAAUACAUUCUGGGGUGCGCCUGAGGGUGCUGGCUGCUGGCAUCUCGGUGCUUUACGUGCAUUCGUGAAGAAGUCCAGCAGUAUUUGUUGAAUACCAGAUCUCUAUUUCUGAACACAGACCCCAAGUUAAAUGAAGCUUUAGCCUCUAAACUCAACAUGUAUGAAGCUUUGCCAGGCCCUGCUCCUGAAAAUGAAGAUGGCCUUGUGAAAGUGAAGGAGGAAGAUCCCACCUGGGAGCAGGUGUGCAACUCACAGGAGGGCAGCUCCCACACUCAGGAGAUUUGCCGCCUGCGCUUUCGGCAGUUCUGCUACCAGGAGGCUCAUGGACCCCGGGAAGCUCUGGCCCAACUCCGAGAACUUUGUCAUCAAUGGCUGAGACCCGAGAUGCACACCAAGGAACAGAUAAUGGAACUGCUGGUGCUGGAGCAGUUCCUGACCAUCUUGCCCAAGGAGCUCCAGCCCUGUGUGAAGACAUAUCCUCUGGAGAGUGGAGAGGAGGCAGUGACAGUGCUGGAGAAUCUAGAGACAGGAAGUAGUGACACAGGACAACAGGCCUCUGUCUAUAUUCAGGGACAGGACAUGUACCCAAUGGUGACAGAAUAUCAAGAAGUCUCUUUGGAGUGUCCGAGCCUCCAGCUCCUGCCUGGGGUAACCACUCUGAAGUGUGAACCUCCACAGCUUCCUCAAGAGAACCCCCAAGAAGUGAGUGGGCCUGUUCCCCAUGGAUCAGCUCAUCUCCAGGAAAAAAGCCCCAGAGACAAGGCUGCAGUGCCUGUGUUUAACCCAGUCAGGUCCCAGACAUUGGUGAAGACUGAGGAAGAAACAGCCCAGGCCCUUGCUACAGAGAAGUGGCCACAUCUGAGUCUGGCUCGGAGGAACCUCUGUGGGAACUCAGCUCAGAAGACAGUUACAAGCCUCAGUCUGAUGACUGAAGAAAUUGUAACUAAAGAUACAUUGUUUAAUGCAAAGCAAGAAACUUCUGAAGAAAUGGAACAAAGUGGAGAAGCCUCAGGAAAGCCCAAUAGAGAGUGUGCACCCCAGAUUCCUUGUAGUACUCCUAUCCCUGCUGAAAGGACAGUUACACAUUUGAACACUCUGAAGGACCGUCACCCAGGUGAUUUGUGGGCCCGGAUGCACAUCUCAUCCUUGGAAUAUGCUGCAGGAGACAUUACCCGAAAAGGGAGAAGAAAAGACAAAGCUCGAGUGAGUGAACUGCUCCAAGGUCUCUCAUUCUCUGGUGACUCAGAUGUGGAAAAAGAUAAUGAGCCUGAGAUCCAGCCUGCUCAAAAGAAGUUAAAGGUGUCUUGUUUCCCAGAAAAGAGUUGGACCAAAAGAGACAUUAAACCCAACUUUCCAAGCUGGUCAGCACUGGAUUCUGGACUUUUGAAUCUCAAGAGUGAAAAGUUGAACCCAGUAGAGCUUUUUGAAUUAUUUUUUGAUGAUGAAACAUUCAACUUAAUUGUCAAUGAAACCAAUAAUUAUGCUUCUCAGAAAAAUGUCAGCUUGGAAGUCACAGUUCAGGAAAUGAGGUGUGUGUUUGGUGUCCUACUUUUGAGUGGAUUUAUGAGGCAUCCUAGAAGGGGAAUGUAUUGGGAAAUCUCUGACACCAAUCAGAACCUGGUUAGAGAUGCAAUCAGAAGGGACAGAUUUGAAUUGAUUUUCUCAAACCUGCACUUUGCAGAUAAUGGCCACCUAGAUCAAAAAGAUAAGUUUACAAAGUUGAGACCUCUCAUAAAACAAAUGAAUAAAAAUUUCCUCUUGUAUGCUCCCCUGGAAGAAUACUAUUGCUUUGAUAAGUCAAUGUGUGAAUGCUUUGAUAGUGACCAAUUCCUGAAUGGAAAGCCUGUUAGAAUUGGAUAUAAAAUUUGGUGUGGUACAACCACACAGGGUUAUCUGGUUUGGUUUGAGCCCUAUCAAGAACAAUCAACUAUGAAGGUAGAUGAGGAUCCUGACCUUGGAUUAGGUGGAAAUCUAGUAAUGAACUUCGCUGAUGUUCUUUUAGAGAGAGGUCAGUAUCCCUAUCACCUGUGUUUUGAUAGCUUCUUUACAAGUAUCAAAUUGUUGUCAGCCUUGAAGAAGAAGGGGGUGAGGGCAACAGGAACAAUUCGUGAGAACAGGACCGAAAAAUGUCCCCUUAUGAAUGUAGAACAUAUGAAAAAAAUGAAGAGAGGGUAUUUUGAUUUCCAAGUAGAAGAAAACAAUGAGAUAAUUUUGUGUCGUUGGUAUGGGGAUGGCAUUAUCAGUCUGUGCUCCAAUGCUGUGGGCAUAGAACCAGUCAAUGAGAUAAGUUGUCGUGAUGCUGAUGAAGAAAUCCCUCAGAUAAGUCAACCAUCCAUAGUAAAAGUGUAUGAUGAAUGCAAGGAAGGUGUAGCUAAAAUGGAUCAAAUUAUUUCAAAGUAUAGGGUGAGGAUAAGAAGCAAGAAAUGGUACUCAAUUUUGGUUAGCUACAUGAUUGAUGUAGCCAUGAACAAUGCAUGGCAACUACACAGAGCCUGUAACCCAGGUGCUUCUCUAGACCCCUUGGAUUUUCGGAGAUUUGUUGCACAUUUCUACUUGGAACACAAUGCUGAUCUGUCAGAUUAAGGCACAUAAAAUGGACAUAGUGCAGACAUUAAUAAGACAUAGAAAAAUAAUAAUUGUACAUGCUGUUGUACCCUCCCGAAGUAAAUCUGAUAUAUGUAAUGAAGUUAUUAAAUAAUUAAUACUUUUAAAAAUCAGACAUUUAUAUAGAGUUUCAAGGACUAUUGUAACAAUGUUAAAAAUUAUCUGUGAAAAUGUUGAACUGUAGUACCUUUCUCUAUGUCAAAUUUUGUGUCAGACAUGGGAAAUCUUUUAUUUGUUCAAUUGA